UGCGCAUGCUCUGUGGCCACAUGGGCAUGCGCAUGUGGCUGUAGAGCAUAUUCAUGUCGCUGUAUUUCGUCGAUAUGAUAGGUUUUGUAACCUAAAUAGUCGUCAACUUUAACUAUUAAUAUCUCGCUUUGUAGAGCAAAGCGACACUUUUCUCUGCUAUACUCUUUCGUUUUGUGCAAAAACGCGUCGAAUGAGCAUAAUUUUAUCGAUAUCUGAGGUGGGGCUGCUAAAUUGAAUAAUUACCAAAAAUUUAUUUUAAAAAUCAUGUUGACUUUGAAUCGAUUGUGCUCUAAGCCAGAAGCUUAUUUGAUGUAUAAACCAUUCGCUGAUUCAAUCUUGUUCAAGAGAUUCAAGUAUCAAUUUAAUUCCAAACAUACAUCAAAGAAGUUUUAUGAAAUACUUGGUGUAGCUGAAGAUUGCGAGGAUGAGACUUUAAGAUUGGCGUUUGUACAUUUAGCAAAACGAUUUCAUCCGGAUAGUGGAGCGCCAGAAGCUGAUGCUGUUAGAUUUUCCGAGAUUGAAAGUGCCUACAGAGAAAUUCGAAAAAUUAGAAAUUCUCGAAAAGAUGAAAAAGCAUCAGAAGUGGAAAACUUUGAUAUCAAGCACACAGCACCACAGCAUCGUCAUUAUUUGACCUUUGAUGUAGGAGUUGACACACCGAGCAAAAGACAACGACUACAUACAAUACAAAGAGCUCAGAAAGCAGCUGACAAUGUAAUGGAACAUAGAUUGAAAAAAUUGCAAGCCGAAGAACGCAAUACAUUAAUUGGUAUGGACAAACAAAGAGCCAAGGAUAUUAAAACUCGCUACGGUAUGGAUCGUUUGGUGGAGGACUUAAUUCAGGAAGCAAUGAGCAAGGGUGAAUUCAAUGAUUUACCUGGAAUGGGAAAACCGUUGAACACUACAAGUGUCAGAAAUCCUUAUGUUGAUUUUGUAACCCAUAAGUUAAAUCAGAUAUUGAUAGACAAUGGAUUCACUCCAGAAUGGAUACAACUGUCGAAGGAAAUCAGGGAAGAGACUGAAGAAUUGAAAAAGAGAUUAUCAGAAAUACGUAAUGACUUAGGGGAGCUGCCAUUAACUCCAAAAGAUGAAUCAAUGUGGGAAAAUAAUUUGAAAAAAUUUGAGACCACAACAAAGCAGAUAAAUAAUAAAAUUGAUAAAUACAAUUUGUUGGUUCCCAUACUCCAAAAACAAAUGCUUCAUAUCAAAUUAGAUGAACUUGCUAAGAAAACAUUAUUAAUACCACCUAAAAAUAUCAAAAAAUAUGCAGAUACCAGUCACAAAAGUUCGAACCCAAGUAUAUCUCAGGACUUGUUUAGUUUUAUAAGCGAUUUGUUUAGUAAAAAGAUUACUUAGCAGGAUGUGAUAUAAAUAUUGUAAAAUUAUUUGUAUAUAUAUACAUAUAUUAAAUAAUAGGAUUAAUAGAAA